AACGAAAACCUCAUCAUGCGCUGCUACUCACACAGGGUUAGGGUACAUUGGAUUGGUUGGUGUUAAAUGCAGUCGACACAAGUUUGGAGCGGCGCCCUAACGGCUGAGGUUUGAAAAGGUGGGAAGUUUGGAUCUGAAGAACGAGAGAAUUUUUUUUCAUCCUUCCCCGCCUUUUUUCUUCUCUACUCAACAUGUUGCACUACGACACUGUACUUGAACCCCAGCCAGUUGCCUCGCAUACUGCUAAAUCUGUUCACCAUGUCAUAACCGACGACAUGCAAGAGAUGUACAUGUCGUCGGACGAAGAGACCACCACCACGUUUAGCACGGUUGCCGCUGGCGACUCUGCUAACAUGGAUCACGACAUGGAAAGCCCCAUGAGAGAAGAAAGUUAUAAACAGUUUCAACAUGCCAUGGAAAGCGCCACCGAUACACACGUUUCCACUUGCAAGAGCACGUAUUUCUUCGAUGGCGGCAAGCGCUUUAUUUCUCUUCCAACCCUGGGUAACUCUAACAUCAAGGCAGCUUCGUUGGUAUCACGCAUGUUUGAGCACUGGUUGGAAAAUAAAAUUUGCCACACAAGUCAUACCGACCAAGAAGAUCACGUCCCCAUCUUAGAAGACAGUGUUGAACUGUGUUCAGAAGACAUCAUGAAUACACUCAAACAAAAAGGCUCUGUUCGUGCCUUCAACGGCCUGUCUCAUGUGUUGGUCAAAAUUCGAGCUGGACACGCUUACUUUUAUCACCAACUGGAUGACGGUCAGCCCUUAUUGUCACAAGACAUGGAGGACUUUUUCCAGCAAUUUCCUUUAUUUGUUGAAGUGACCAUCCACGUCAAAACCCUCGACACCAAGCGACUUUCUCCUCAACAACCUUGCAAAGUUCUCUUGUCUAUGGAGAACAUGGGUAUCAACGCUACCAAGCCUUACAGAUUGAUGGAAGAAAUUCAUCUUUCAUGAUCUUGGUUAAAAAAAAAACCCAAAAAUUGCCACCCAUGCCGCUCUGGCAUUUGAUGAUGAGCAAGCAACAUUUUUUUUUUCCACCUUUCCAUUCCCCGCCGCCCUGUUUUCUAUUUCUCUCUAUCCCUUUUUUCUUUCUUUUUGAAACAAGCAGAGAUGCUUUCCAAAGGGAAAAAAAAUUG